GGUUCGUUGCGUAUUGUCGAAACUCUCUUGUUGUGUUGUAUUAAAAUUAUUUAAUUACUUUUCAAGUUGCUUCGUGUGUCGAAAGUGAAAACACUUUUUGAAUUCCCUCCCUAGAAUACCACAUUCCAGUGAUAAUUAAUAAAAAAAAAACAAAAUGGGCAAAACAGGCUCUUGCGGAAUCACCACUUCGAUCAUCUUGAACACGUUGGUUUUGGCUGGUGCACUUUGGUUGGUAAUUAAGUCGGCCCAGUUGCGCGAUCAUGACAAACUCGUCAAUCUCUUUCUGCCAAAAGUCCUCGAUUUGUGGGCUUACGAUGCCUUUGCUGCCUUCGGAUCGGUAGCCAUGAUCCUCGUUGGCUUCGGUUAUGCCACACUCUGCUUUUGCCGUGACACCUGCUUCAGUUAUUUCCAACUGACGGUUUUGAUUCUCUACACUUGCGUCUCGGUGUUCCUCUUGUGGCCCUUGUUGGUCGACUACGAACGUUUGGAUCGCGUUUCGCGCGGCGAAUCAGAUGCCGUGGCCGAAACCAUCGGAAAGUCUUUCAAGAAUCUCUUCAACAACGCCCAGUCCGGAUAAGCGGGAACACAAACGAAAAUCGGAUGACGCAUUAAGAAUAACAACCCAUCGUGAUUUCAACUCUAUUUUUUGCUUUAUAUGUCUUUUACGUUACAUCUUUUUUAUACAGUUCGCGCACGUACUUUUAUAUAUAUGUACAACAUACAUAAUGCCUAUAUACAUAGAUUUUAAGGAAGACAACAAACAAACAAAGAAUCUCCUUAGUAUUACGUUAUUAAGAGAGAAGCAGAAGAAUAAAAAUAUGAAGUAAUUUUUUUUACCAAGAACAACUUGCUGUUUAAAUUGUGA